AUGAACACUAAUGAUGUAGUUGCCCAACCAAAACCAUUUAGAGCAGUUCCAGUUCAACCAAAACCAGUCAAAAUAGAUGUACCAAUAACACAAUCUGUAGAACAGUCAAGCGAAUCAAAUUCAAUGUCAAGUUUCACAGAUGAAGAAAUAAAAAAUUUGUUAUUAUUUAAAGAAAAUUCAAAUGGGUCUACUCCAUCUGAUGGAAGAGAAUUAUAUACUCCACCAAAUCGUUGUGAAAAUCCAGAUAUUUCUGAAUCAGUAUUUGAUCAAUCCUCUUCAAUAGCAAUAAAUAGUCCUAUUCAAGAAUUUACUGGUUGUGGAUUAACUGAUUUAUCACCACCUCAAUAUUCACAACUUGCUCGUAGUUUUGCUGGAUGGUAA